AUGCACGCCACACCGAAUCUCGCGGCACAUGCUAGCCGCGACGAUGCAAACGCCAACAGCGCAACGCCACUACACCUUCCGCAUCUCGGCCCUGAGCUGGCCAGCUCCAAGAAGGCAGUCUCGGACUCGGAGAGCCGAGAGCAAAAAGUGCUAGCACUCGUCCGACAAUUCUCCAGCCGCAGCGCGCGCUCCACCGAUGGGCUGAACCCCUGUGCGGCCCUGCCUGGCUCGCGUCUCGACCCCAACGGCGACAACUUUGAAGCCCACGCCCGGUGCCAGGCCCUGCUGCUGAUGCUUACCGAGUACGCCAAGGCACGCUCUCUACGUAUAGCGCGCGUGGCUUCCACCGAUCCGAAUGCUCACGUCUUGCACUGGAACGACGUUUGCUAUGAUGCCAAAAUCGGCAAGGAGAACCGCAGGGUCAGCGACGCCGAAAUUACCAAUCGACGCAAUCGAGCCCAUGGAACCGGUGGUGCUGAUUACUUCCCCGGUAUCGAUUGUUUCAAGGAAUCCACUGAGAUGUACGAUGCCAAUUGCUUCAGCCACAGCGACAGCAGCAGCAUCGCUACCAGCGUGGAUAGCCUCAACGAUAGCAACAGGGACAACGUUGACCGCAUCCAUGUUGUCGACAGCGCCGAGCAAUGGGCGGAGCCUCGUAAAUCCGCGACGAAUUUAUCUGAUGCCGAAAGCCUCAAGGCCAUGGCCGUUGAUCGAAACCUGCCCGACCUGGACGACAGUGUCAUUCGGCAACCGUACCACUACCUAAGGUCACUCCCAUCAAAGGGCAUUCGUGAUCAGGCGAUUGAUGCACUCAACAAAUGGCUCGCUGUCCCCGCCCGAUCCACAGCCAGGAUCAAGAGCAUCAUUCAAAUGUUGCAUGGCGCGUCUCUCAUGCUCGAUGACAUGCAAGACGGCUCUCCGCUCCGUCGCGGCCAGCCGUCCACCCACAGCAUCUACGGCAUGGCGCAGACCAUCAACAGCGCGACCUACCAGUACAUUCAAGCCACCACUGUCGCCUCUCAGCUCUGCAAUCCCGCUUGUCUCAGAAUCUCCCUCGACGAGAUGCAGCAGCUCCACGUCGGGCAGAGCUACGACCUGCACUGGAUGGAAACGACACGCUGCCCCUCGGUGCCCGAGUACCUACGAAUGGUGGACAAGAAGACGGGCGGCAUGUUCUGCCUGCUGACUAGACUGAUGCUGGCCGAGAGCCCGACCAGGACGCACAUAACCGAGGCGGAUCUGAGCCGCUUCAGCUGUCUGAUUGGACGCUUCUUCCAGAUACGGGACGACUACCAGAACCUGACCUCGGCCGACUAUGCCCAGCAAAAGGGAUUCGCGGAGGACUUGGAUAAGGGCAAGUACUCGUUUACACUCAUUCAUUGUAUCCAGACGCUCGCUUCGCACGGCACGUUUGCGCCCGACGCCAUGCAUCUCAAUGCUCUGCUCAUGAAGCGGAGGGUCGAGGGGAAAUUGAGCAUCGAGAUGAAGCGAGAGAUUUUUGCCCUGAUGAACAAAACGAAGAGCCUGGAUCGCACGCUCAGUCUGCUGAGAAGGUUGUUUGGUGAGCUGGAAAGAGAAGUCGGUAUUUUGGAGGAGAGCUUUGGCCGAGAGAACCCUUCCCUCCGAGUCAUGCUGGAGAUGAUGAAGGUAUAG